UGUCUAAUCAGUUGCGGACAUCACCUCACACCGGAGGCGUCGUGUGUUCCCUUACAUUGACCCCGUCGGCUAUGUGGCUUUGAGCGGUUGCUGGUGGUUAGAGUGAUUGGAAAUCUCAUUGAUCGAGUGAAAAGUGAACUUACCCUUUCUUCAGUUGUGCGGCCAAGAGCCAUCGAUUAGAAAGAUGGCUAGAGUGUGUGCAAUUACAAUACUUUUGGUUAUUGCUACCCUUACCGGUACAGCAGUUGGCCAACAGCAAGAACGCGUGUGUGCCCUUUCACGGUAUAUCUCCGAGUGUGAGCAGCUGCAGCGCGGUCAAUCCGAUGUCAUCUGCGUACACGUACAGGAUAGCGUCGAGUGCGCGCAACGUAUUCGCAAUGGAACGGCCGAUUUCGGUGUUUUCAGCGCUGAAAGUACCCUGCUAUUGGCCAGUUUGGGCUGGGAAGGGCUGACCGUCAUCAAGGAGGUGCGCAGCGCUGAACGGGCCCGCGAACUGUUGGACUUCCAGUCGGCGGUCGUCGUUCGCAGUCGCCAUACGGGAGGGCUGGAUGGGCUGCGAGGACUCCGGUACUGCCAUCCGGGUUUCCAGUACACUCGCACGCAACGCUGGACCGAGCGAGUGCUGAAGCACUUCGAACGGUUGGUGGUACCGGCUACCUGCGACGAAGGACUGCACACGGCCACCGAGAUCGAGGCGGCCGGAUUGGCGAACUUCUUCGGUGCUUCCUGCCGUCCGGGGCUCUGGUCGCAGAUACCCAAGGAAGAUGCCCGGCUUAAGGAUAAGUAUGCCAGCUUGUGUUCGCUGUGUCCAAAUCAGACCUUCUGCUCGUACGAUGGAUCCGUUGGUAGCCAUCAGGCAGCGCUUCAGUGCCUGGAACGUGAUGCGGAUGUCGUGUACGCUUCGGUACAGGAGAUUCAGCAAUUCUUCGAAAGCCGCACCGCAAUGAAGAACGAUUACUCUUUCCUCUGUCCCGAUGGUUCAUUGCGGCCAGUCGAUGGACCGGCCUGUGCCUGGGUAAUGCAACCAUGGGGCACCGUUAUCUCUACCUCGACCAAGGCAGUCCAGAUCUCGACGCGUGUCGAUGGUUGGAUGCGCAGCAACGACUUCAGUCCUUCGCCGUGGGAAGAAGCCAUCAUUCAGAUACUGACACGCCACAACGCGGAUCGAUUGGCUCCGGUUAGCUCAAUUCAGGCACCCGCUGACUACGUGCGUCCUCACCGGCCACUGCCGAUCGCGUCGGACUUUUGCGGUACCACUGCCCGUUGGUGUACGACCUCGCUCGAGGAGAAGAACAAGUGUGAUGUGCUGGCAAAGGCCGCACUUACGGCCGGAGUUGUGCCAAAUCUCGAGUGUAACAAUCCGACCACGAACCGGAUCGCCUGUCUGCGUGAGAUCGCCGGUGAGCGGGCGGACUUUGCUGGUAUCGAUUCCAACUACGGAUUUCUGGCGCGCCAAUCCAACCUGGCCGCCGCACUGUACCAGGAGACGGACAAGGAGAAGUACUCCCGCGUGGUGGUGCUCGUCCACGAGGGUAAAGAUCACGAUCGGUUCGAGAGGUUGCGCAACUCAAAGGCUUGUUUCCCGGAGUUUGGUGGAAUCGCUUCGGUCGCUUUCGUCAAUGUUGGACGCUCGCGGGGUAUAUUCGAUCGCAACGAGUGUGAUUAUGGCCGGCUGAUGAGUGACUUCUUUGAGGAAUCGUGUGCACCAGGUUCGCGGGAUGAUUUGCACGAUCCACGUGGCGAGAGCUCGGACAAGUUGUGUGACCUGUGCAAGUAUUCCCAGACGCCCGUUCCACAUUCCGUUUCGGCAGAUGAGGUUGAAGGUAGUGCGGACCUUGUUGAAGAACCACCGGUUGACGGUAUUGAUUCGGGACUGCGCCCUCGGGUGGAUGCCGGUAUUGCAAACGAUCCCAACCAGCUCUGUGCGGCCAGUGAUUCGAACCGGUAUUAUGGAACGCGAGGUGCGCUACGCUGUCUGCAGGAGGCCGGUGAUGUUGCUGUGGUCGAGGCACAGAACUUGGCCGACCAUGCCCGCUUCCUCGGUAUGAACGCGAGUGACUAUCGAGUGCUGUGCCGCAACGGUUCGCUAGCUGCCAACCCUGGAUUCGUGGUGGACGAGGAAUGCUUCCUUACGACGAUCGUCGAUGGAGAGAUCGUGGUGCGCCGCCAGUGGGAAAAGACGGACAACGUUGUCCACGCGCUCAGCUCGCUCGAUCAGUAUCUGCAGAGCGAUCCCGACUUCCGGAUGUACAACAUCUUCGCUGGAGUGAAGGACUUGCUGUUUGAAGACUCGGCCCUCGGUCUAGUGUCGCCGCAGCACGCCGAGCUCGGCACUGCGGUCCAGAACUACAUUCGCUUGUUCGAGAAUAUCGAGGACUGCCAGAAUGCGGCGCCAUCGACGACGCUCGCACCAGGCGGAACUGGUGGACGGGCCGCCAUCAUGACGGUCAAUGUUCUUCUUACUAUUCUGCUCGCCGGUAUCAUUGCCUGGCGGCUCUAGAGACAGCUAACUCAGCAUCAAACCUUUUGUGCGAAGAACAGAUCGUCAAUUGCAUGCGAUCCAUGUUAUAAGUCUAGCCGAUCACAUUAAGAGCCAUCCUGUAAUAAUACAUUUCCUCUCCGUAAGAUACGUCAUUUUGGAAUGGUGCGUUUGCUGUCUUCGAAAAGAUUCCCAAUCUAUAUCAUCUCUUGUUUUCAUGCCUGUAGAUUAGCCACGAACUGUAGUAAGUAUUUUACGAAACUAACGAUUGGCCCAGAGUGGCAAAAGAGUACACAGCAUCGAGCGGAAAAUUAAACAUAGUUUUAAAUUUAACAUUAACCAGACCCAUUUUGUCAUUGUACACCCUGUAAUUCUUUGUUAAAUCUGCAAAUAAAAAAUAUAAAACCGUCACACUAAAAAGAA